GGGUAUGCGUGUGUAUGUGUGUGUGUGUGUGCGAGGACGCCCCUAUUUUUGGGUUAGUGACAAGGUGUCAAUGGCUGCAGAUGCUUCGCAGAGGAAAGCACUGCGAUACCAGCAGACUCUGCUGUACGGUCAGUACACAGAACAGCUCGGGAACUUUGCUAAGAAGGAAGCAGCUCGCUUGCUGACGGAGGGAGAAUGGAGGAAACAGAGAACAGCCGAGAAGAGAGCGCCCAACGACAGCAGGAUCACCCUGCAGAACAAGAAACAGCAACCCUACUCCAAGUGCAGAGACUGUGUUGCUCGUAUGCAGCGCUACAUUGUCACCAAGCUUGGAGAAGAUUGGAUCUUCCUGGUUCUGCUUGGCCUCACGAUGGCGCUAGUGAGCUGGUGUAUGGACUACGUCAGUUCCAAGAGUCUGCAGGCCUAUAAGUGGAUGUUCCAGGAGCUGAAAGGCAAUGUUCUGCUGCAGUACUUGGCCUGGGUCACGUAUCCCAUGGUCCUCAUUGUGUCUGCUUCACUCUUCUGUCACCUUGUCGCUCCACAGGCAGUGGGCUCAGGGAUUCCUGAGUUGAAGACGAUUAUACGAGGCGUGGUCCUCAAAGAGUAUCUGACCCUCAAAGCUUUUGUGGCCAAAGUGGUCGGGCUGACCGCAGGACUGGGCAGCGGCAUGCCGUUGGGGAAAGAGGGUCCGUUUGUCCACAUUGCUAGUAUCUGCGCUGCCGUUCUCAGCAAAGUCAUGUCAAUCUUCUCAGGGGUGUAUGAGCACCCUUACUGCUACACUGACAUUCUGACGGUGGGCUGUGCUGUGGGAGUGGGCUGCUGUUUCGGGACCCCCCUGGGAGGUGUCCUGUUCAGUAUCGAAGUCACGUCCACGUACUUUGCUGUCAGAAAUUACUGGCGUGGUUUCUUCGCUGCCACGUUUAGUGCCUUCAUAUUCCGGGUUCUGGCUGUCUGGAACAAAGACGCAGUAACAAUCACGGCCCUUUUCCAAACAAACUUCCGAAUGGAUUUCCCCUUUGACCUCCAAGAAUUGCCUGCGUUUGCUAUCAUUGGGAUCUCGUGUGGGUUCCUUGGUGCCUUCUUUGUGUACCUGAAUCGGCAGAUAGUUAUCUUAAUGCGAAGACAAACGAUGUUAACACGCUUCCUGACAAGAUAUCGGUUCAUCUACCCAGGGGUUGUGACCUUUGUCAUUGCAACAUUGACCUUUCCCCACGGCUUCGGACAGUUCAUGGCUGGAGAGCUGAUGCCUCGCGAGUCAAUAAACUCCCUCUUCGACAACUACACCUGGACGAAGCAUGUCGGCUCUACACACGUCCUAGGGCGAUCGGCAGUCUGGAUACACCCCAAAAUUAGCGUCUUCUUCAUUCUGUUGCUCUUCUUUGUCAUGAAGUUUUGGAUGUCAGCCAUUUCCACCACCAUGCCUGUCCCUUGCGGAGCAUUUAUGCCAGUCUUCGUACUGGGAGCUGCGUUCGGUCGUCUCAUAGGUGAGAUCAUGGCCACUCUCUUUCCCAACGGGAUUCUCUUUGAUGGGAUUGUUUACCAGAUACUCCCUGGUGGUUACGCAGUCAUCGGCGCUGCUGCUCUGACAGGUGCAGUUACGCACACAGUCUCCACAGCAGUGAUCUGCUUUGAGCUGACAGGGCAGAUCUCUCACAUCCUGCCCAUGAUGGUGGCUGUGAUCCUGGCUAACAUGGUGGCUCAGGGGCUGCAGCCCUCCCUCUAUGACUCCAUCAUCCAGGUGAAGAAACUGCCCUACCUGCCUGAGCUGGGCUGGGGACACUUCAGUAAAUUUAACAUCUUCGUGGAGGACAUCAUGGUGCGAGAUGUGAAGUUCAUCUCUGCUCUGUCUCCCUAUGGAGAGCUGCAGACCCUGCUGGAUAGCUGCAGCCUCAAAACCAUCCCUCUGGUUGACUCCAAAGACACUAUGAUCUUGCUAGGGUCAGUGGAACGUUCAGAGCUGGAGGCUCUGAUUGAGGAUCACCUGUCUCCGGAGCGACGGCUGAGAUGUCAUCAGGAGGGGCGGCAGCAGAUGGAGGGCACGCCCUACAAUGGGCAGAGGUCACCCCCUCGGGGCCAGGGGGGGUCAGAGGUCAAUUGGGAGUCAUUCACCUUCGUGGAUGAAGAAGUGGGGGAAGAUGGGAACCCCCCUGUGAUCGAUAAGCCUAACGGGCCCCGCCCCCCUCCCAAGCAGCAAGAACCGGCCAAUCAGACACUGCCGGAGAAAGGUAAUCUCCAGGCAGUCAGACAGACACUCCAGGGCUUAUUCUGCCACUACCCAGAAACACAACCAGAGGAACCAGCACAGCAGGAGGCACCCCCGUGUGCAGACAGCAUGAGCCCUGAAGAGGUGAAAGCCUGGGAGGAGAGAGAACUGGAGAAGCCAAUCCGCUUUGAGAGUUGCCGGAUAGACCACUCCCCCUUCCAACUAGUGGAGAAAACAUCUCUUCACAAGACCCACACGCUGUUCUCUCUACUGGGACUGAGUCACGCCUAUGUCACCAGUAUUGGCAAACUGGUGGGAGUGGUGGCGCUCAAGGAGAUCCAGAAAGCUGUUGAAGGAUCCACACGCUCGGGGGUGAGACUGCGCCCCCCUCUGGCCAGUCUCCGGGCCAGCACCCGACAGAGACCCUCUGCCAAGACCCCGUCCCAUCAGGAGAUACAGAUGUGGGGGCGAUCGACUGAGGAGAGGGGAGUGGGAGAAGGAGGAGAGCAGGGAAGAGGGGACAGUGGGGACAGUGGGGACUCAGAGGAGAGGGAGCAGCAGAAUAAUGACAGCCCCCGGUCGACAGGGACAGACAGGGGACCCAUACUGGAGGAACUGGAGCUGAGGGGAGCAGAGAGCAUCUGUGAGAUCAUCCGAGAACUAGAGCUGAGGGAGAGCGAUCAGGACAAUGAGGAUGAGGCCCUGUGAACCCAGCCCGCUGCCUUCGACACACUUCAGCAAGGCUGGUUAUUGACUCGCCGCUGUACCUUUGUAUGAGGUUUACAAUCAUAGAGAGCGGUUCCAGUAGCAUUGCCAUGACCUUGCCUCUUAUUAGCACUAGCAAUAUUAUUACUGUGCCUUUCAAAGGAGUGCUAACCAAGGCUUCUUUUAGAACCCAUUCUCUUGCCUCUUAUUAGCGCUAGCAACAUUAUCUGCCUAUUUCAUCCGUUUUCUUUUAUUAAAUUUGGCAAUAUUACCCUUUAUGCAAAUUUACCAUAGUAAAAGCAUAGCAAAGUCUAAUGAAGGAUAGAGAAAGCAUGGUAAAACAUUUUAAAGCCCAGAGAGGUAUGGUAAGGCCUAUUAAAAAGCACAGCAAACAAUGGGAAACAUAGCAUUAGCAAGGGAAAAGUGCAGGAAAAUUGCAAGAUUAUUAAGCAGAGGGACUGGAGUACAUUUCUAGGUAACACUUUGAGUGUCAUAAAUAAAUAUUUCAUUUAUAUGCAAUUAGCCAUUUGCUGAAGUUUAGUUAAACUGUUAAUAGAUAUGCCAUACUUGCGUGUAUCUAUCAUUAGUUUGAGCUCAUAUGUAGGUUGAGUGUUUUUUGAGAAUUGGUAGUUUCUUGCUCCAGUAAAAUAGACUGGUAUGUCGAUAUCCACACUACAUUUGAUGAUUGUGUGAAAUAACAUUAAUAGCUUUACAUACCAGUCUUUGUCUUUUUUUUUUUUUUUUUACUGGAGCAGGAAACUAUCAAGCAUAAAAAACCACACUCAACUUACUAAUGAAAUAUGAGCUCUAAUUGCAGUCUAAUGAUAUAUACACACACAUGCAUGACACACCUAUUGACUGUUUAUUAACAUGUAACCGAACUGCAGCAAAUACUAGCAUUAACAGAGCUAGGCAAUUGAUCAAGUUACCUUUCCCUUGGAGAGAGCCUCAGAUACUACAUCGAUGGUCCCGAUGACCUGGAGGUAUUUUGAGCUUCUCGUCUGUGUUGCCUCUAUGCCUGGUAUUUAUACUCUAGUUGGCUCAGAGCCUACGUGACUACUGUUUGUUUCUGUUAUCUUACUAGUUAUAGUUGUCAACAGUAGAAUGAGUUAUUCAGCUUUUACUCCACGCAGGUGCUUUAUUACUCCACAGUCUAAGCCUAAGGUCACGUGGAGGUCUACUAAUGCCAAUGUAACCUCAGCAAACUGUCCACUAAUACCAAUGUAACCUCAGCAUUAAUUUACAUGUCCCUACAGCCCUAUUUCUGCUGUUGAGGAUUCUAUGAUUCUUCAUUUUGGAACAAGCAAACAACAGAUGAAAAGUUGCUGCUGCUUCCUGGUACCUGAUCACUAAGGCUGUAUCUUUUUGCCGGUUCACGGAUUUCCCGAUUUCCGUGAAAUGUGCCAGUUUUGCUGUGUAAUAUGUAGUUCCCUGUGAAAAUUCCUAUUUCUGAAAAAAAAUAUGGAAACAGACAUAUCACAUACA